CGCGCUUCGUCGUUCUUUCCGCCAUUGGACGUCGUAGUGAACGAACGCUCGGAGCGGGCGACUGAACGGAAGAGAAAGUGCAACGUUGGAACUCUCACAGUUUCGCGUGCUCUUCACUCGGGACGCGUUCUUCGGAAAGGGACUGAGCAACGACGAUGGCCGGAACGGAGACAUCGAACGUGAAAUCGGAACCACCGAAUGCGCCCGCCGAGAACAGCAAUGAGAAUCAGCGCGGUGAGCGAAACCCACCGGGCGGCGGACCUCGCGGACCUCGCGGCCGAAAAGGAGGCACUCGCUUUUCAGGCGGUCGCGGCGGAAUGGGCGGAGGCGGCGGCGGUGGUGGCGGUGGAGGCGGCGGAGGCAGAAAUGAAGCGAUGAAAAUGAAUGAUUCCAUGGAUGGAGGCAUGGAUAACCCUAUGCCGGAAGGCAUAGGUGGAAUGGGUGGUGGAAUGGGAGGUGGAAUGGGAGGUGGUAUGGGAAUGGGUCGCGGCGGAAUGCGCGGUGGUGGAAGAGGUGGACGUGGCGGCGGCGACAGAAAUAUGGGCGAUAGAAAUAGAUCGCAAGAUGACCGACUGAUGGAACGUAUCAUGGCUAUCAGUGGACCUACUCAUGAGCUUCCACCUCAAGAAGUGACAGAGAAGAAAUUUAGCGGCAGAAAUCGCUUAUACAUUGGCAACUUGACAAAUGAUGUUACAGAAGAAGAGAUACAGACAAUGUUCCGCAAAUAUGGAGAAAUAUCUGAGCUGUUUGUUAACAAAGAGAAGAGUUUUGCCUUCCUCAGGAUGGAUUAUAGAAUAAAUGCUGAAAAAGCAAAGCACGAAUUAGAUGGUACGAUGCGCAAAGGUCGUGCGUUGAAGGUACGUUUCGCCCCUCACUCAUCAACAAUCAAGGUGAAAAAUCUUACACCUUGGAUAUCCAACGAGCUUCUUGAAAAGUCCUUUGGUGUAUUCGGUGAAAUCGAACGUGCAAUUGUCAUUGUUGACGAUAGAGGUAAAAGCACUGGCGAAGGAGUAGUCGAAUAUUGCCGAAAGCCGUCUGCUCAGCUAGCUUUGAGGAAAUGUACAGAAGGCUGCUAUUUCCUCACGGCUUCGCUUCGGCCAGUGGUUGUGGAACCAUUCGAGCAACAAGAUGACGUGGACGGUUAUCCCGACAAAAAUCUACCUCGCAAAAAUCCGGAAUUCUUUAAAGCCCGUGAUAUUGGUCCACGAUUCGCACAAUUGGGUAGCUUCGAGCACGAGUAUGGUACACGAUGGAAACAAUUGCAUGAAUUAUACAAACAAAAGGAAGAAGCGCUCAAGCGAGAAAUGGCGAUGGAAGAAGAAAAACUCGAAGCCCAAAUGGAAUUCGCCAGAUACGAACAUGAGACGGAACUUUUGAGAGAACAAUUACGUAUGCGUGAAGCGGAUCGCGAAAGACAAAAGAGAGAAUGGGAAAUGAAGGAGCGACAAGCCGAAGAACAAAGAACUCGCGAAGAAGAAUUGAGACGGCGUCAGCAGGAGGAAAUGGCAAUACGCAUUAGGAGACAAGAGGAGGAGUUGCAUAGACGUCAACAGGAAAACAAUUUGUUUAUGCAGGAACAAGCAAUACGCAGUACCAGUGGCGGUAUUGGCGGUGGAAAAAAUUACGAGUCUGUUAGUAACAAUGAUCGUGAUGGAUAUGGUCAACCUGACGGUGGAAGCGGCUUGCCAGUGGACCCGAAAUCCUUUAUGGAUGCAUACAACAAUAUGGACCGCGGUAAUCGAGGGGGUUAUAACGAUGAUCGCGGACAGAUAAUGGAUUUGAUGGACAUGAGGGUAGACAUGGGUAACAUGGGUGGUGGUGGUGGUAGUCGCGGAGGUAGUGGUGGUGGCAGCGGACGUUGGCAAGGAAAUGACCGUAAUCGCCCAGAUGAUUAUCCUAACAAACGACGACGAUAUUAAAUGCGAUACACAAUGUGGGAAUAUCUUUCGUUAAUUCCUCCGAUAUAUAUAUAUUUAUAUAUAUAUAUAUAUAUAUAUACACUCUGUUCGCAUUGCGUCCUUCAUUCACUCCUCGCCUUCAUCACAUCACGUCACUUGAUCAGAUCACUUUCUUGAUCAAAGAGGAAAAGGAGUAAUCGAAAGAAAGAGAGAGAGAGAGAGAGAAAGAGAGAGAGAG